AAAUAACCCCCACACCCCGUGUCUCUCCCUCGAAUUCCCUCUCUGACCAUCCGUUCACCGCCCGCAACCUCGAACGCCAACACUUCGAAUCCGCUCUCCUCCGCCUACUUCCUCCCUGCUACCACUUCGCCGGAGCCACUCCCGGUCCGCGGCGGUCUCUCGCCAGAGGAGAAGACCUGGUCCAGUGUCGCGCUGAAUGGAAGACGACGCUUUCGUCGUCGCCCAGCCGCCGCCGCCGCCGCCGUCCUCCCACUUCUAACGCCUUUCCGCUUUAAGGCCGAGGAAUUCCUCGCCCUCGCAGUCCUCCGGCCCUCGCUUCGCCUACAGCUUCUCUCAGAGCAGCCAGCGAAACCCCAGGUCUCCCAAAUUGCCUGAGCAAGCGGGAUCUGCGUCUCCGAGGCUCCGUUAGAGGCUAGGGUUUACGGAAUUUGGGGGAGCGAGGACAGAGGUAGGAGGAUGAGCAUCGUGCCCAAGGAGACAAUUGAGGUGAUCGCCCAGAGCGUCGGCAUCGCAACCCUCCCGGCCGAUGUCUCCGCCGCGCUCGCCCCGGACGUCGAGUACCGCCUCCGGGAGAUCAUGCAGGAGGCCAUCAAGUGUAUGCGGCAUGCAAAGAGGACAGUUCUGACUGCCGACGAUGUUGACAGUGCUCUCAGCCUCAGGAAUGUUGAGCCUGUAUACGGAUUUGCUUCUGGUGACCCCUUGCGGUUUAAGAGAGCUGUGGGUCAUAAGGAUCUCUUCUAUAUUGAUGACAGGGAGGUAGACUUUAAAGAGAUUAUCGAAGCUCCUCUGCCUAAAGCUCCUCUUGACACAGCAGUUGUAGCUCACUGGUUAGCUAUUGAGGGCGUCCAGCCUGCAAUUCCAGAGAAUCCUCCUAUCGAUGUAAUUUUAGCACCAACAGAAAGUAAAAGAACUGAGCAUGUGAAGGAUGACGGACUACCAGUUGACAUCAAGCUUCCUGUUAAGCAUAUAUUAUCUAGAGAACUCCAGAUGUACUUCGAUAAAAUAGCAGAGCUUACUAUGAGUAGAUCAAACACCUCAGUGUUUAGAGAAGCAUUAGUGAGCUUGUCAAAAGAUUCAGGCCUUCAUCCAUUGGUUCCAUACUUUUCAUACUUCAUUGCAGAUGAGGUUACUAGGAGUUUGGCCGACCUUCCUGUUCUAUUUGCUCUUAUGCGUGUUGUGCAGAGCCUUCUCCGCAAUCCGCAUGUUCAUAUUGAACCAUAUUUGCAUCAGUUGAUGCCACCAAUGAUCACUUGCAUCGUUGCGAAAAGGCUAGGGCAUAGGCUUUCAGACAACCACUGGGAGCUUAGAGAUUUCUCUGCUAAUUUGGUUGCUUCAGUAUGUCGGAGGUAUGGUCACGUGUAUCACAAUCUCCAAAUCCGGUUGACAAAGACGUUGAUCCAUGCAUUUCUUGAUCCUCAUAAAGCAUUGACACAACAUUAUGGUGCUGUUCAAGGGAUAUCUGCAUUAGGACCCAGUGCGAUUAGGCUUCUGCUAUUGCCCAACCUGGAGACAUACAUGCAACUUUUGGAGCCUGAAUUGCAACUCGAGAAACAGAAAAAUGAAAUGAAAAGAAAGGAAGCAUGGCGUGUUUAUGGAGCCCUGCUGUGUGCUGCAGGCAAAUGCUUGUACGAGCGGCUUAAGUUAUUCCCUGGUUUACUCUCUCCAUCUACUCGGCCACUUUUGAGGAGUAACAAAAGGGUUGCAACUAACAAUUCAAAUAAACGGAAGUCUAGUACAGAUCACUCCGCAUCCCAGCCACCUCUGAAGAAGAUGGCAACAGAUGUAUCAAUGAAUUCCAUGGCUUCAGCUCCAAUUGUAGGAACCAUGGUAGGAACCAUGGAUGGGUUCUCUGCUCAGUUACCCAACCCCGGCAUGAUGCAAGCUUUAUCCUCUGGACAAAUGGUAGAAAGCAUCACACAAGUUCCGAUCCGGAGAGAUCAGGGAAAUAACCAUGCACAACGAGUUUCCGCGGUGCUGAGGCAAGCCUGGAAGGAGGAUCAAGAUGCCGGGCACCUCCUGGAGUCACUGUACGAGGUGUUCGGUGAAGCCAUCUUCUCGUUUAUCCAACCACCAGAGAUAUCCAUCUUCGUGUAGAAAGCAAAAUGCACGGCUAAGGGAGAUGUAGCCUCCACUGCUGUACUAUUAGUAAUGUCCCGCGGAUUGUGGAGACGCAAGUUGACGUGAAGAAAUCUAGUAAUGUAAUGCUAAGGUAUAAUUUAUUAGCGGCUCAGUGUCAGUGUAACAUUUUUUUCUUAGACUAGGCAUAAUUUGCUAGCGGUUCAAUGUCCCAGUGUAACAUUUCUUCUUCUUUGGGACUGCUGAUCUGUUGUGUCGUUCUACUAUUUCUUCUAUUCAGUUUAGCAAUGUAUACAUAUAUCAUUGGUACUCUUUCCGACUCAUAUUACUUGUCCCAAAUUUGUCCAAA